UUCAGUGCGUGCCGUGUUUAGGGGAAAUGAGAGUCGAGUUCCAGUGAGAGUCGAGGCAGGCUGCGAAAGACGCGCCCACUCCUUGUUACGUUGCGCACUAGGGAAGGAAAGGGGGCUAAAACCUGCCUCAGUCUCGGUUGGGCAUCCAGAGUCGGGACUUUUAACGCCAAGGAAAGACCUAAUCGUUUUCUGGAAAUUACAGUUAAAGACGCAUUCGCGUAGAAAUGGUUCUGCAGAGAGUUGUCCGUGCUGUCAUUAUGGGAGCUCCGGGCUCCGGGAAAGGAACGGUGUCUGCGCGCAUAACCAAAACUUUUGGGCUGAAACACAUUUCUAGUGGGGACAUUUUGAGAGCCAACAUCAACGCAAAAACCGAGUUCGGCCUGUUGAUGAAGGCCUGCAUCGAUCAGGGUCAGCUGGUACCUGAUGACGUCAUGUCUCGUCUCAUCCUGAGUGACCUGAGGACAAUAGAGGGGAGCAGCUGGCUGCUCGAUGGGUUUCCUCGUACAGUAUGCCAAGCGGAGGCCCUGGACGGCGUCUACACUGUGGACACAGUCAUCAACCUCAACGUUCCUUUCCAGACCAUCAAGCAAAGGCUGACCUCUCGCUGGACUCACCUCCCGAGCGGCAGAGUCUACAACACAGACUUCAACCCGCCUAAAGUCGCUGGCAUCGAUGAUGACACGGGGGAGCCUCUGGUGCAGAGGGAUGACGACAAACCAGAGACGGUCACACGGAGACUAAAGUCCUAUGAAACUCAGACAGAGCCCGUCUUAGAGUACUACAGGAGUAAAGGUGUGCUAGAGACCUUCUCCGGGACUGAAACCAACAAGAUAUGGCCACACAUUGAGGCUUUCCUCCACAGAAAACUGUCUUAAAAAGCCUCAGCAGGAGUCCUAACGUUUACCAGCAGAAACCGCUCCGUGUGCGUCGUUCGAUCAAAAUUCAAACAAAGGGAGAACCACCUGUAGGAUAACAUAUUCGCUAUGUUCAAAAUGAGGAACAAGCUCACAUAGUUUAUGAAAUGUAAAUAGACUACAGAUAUUUGAAUAACUCAAUUUUUUAAAGAAUAACUCAUUACUACCACUGUUGCACUCCUCAGCGAUGCUAAAAUUAGUUCAGGAACCUCUCAGGGUGUGCAUGCAUCAUCUUCUAAAGAUUAGUUCUAGUUAAUUCUAUAAUGUGCCUUUAAAAAAAAAGGAAAAAAUUAUAUCAUCUCUAUCAACAGAAUGUGAAGGUGUUUGCACGAGCUGCUGCAAAAAAAGUCCUGGUGUACGUAUGUGGUCUGCUUUAGGGAGCAGAAAUAUGUUGGAAUUUUUUAGAUUUUCUAGAAGUUGUGAUUUAUUAUAGCCGACCUCAGCAGCGCAGGCCAGAGUGAAAAAUCCAAGCGGCAUCUUCUUCAAGAGAGAGAUCCUUCAAAUCCUUUCGUCGUUAGCGUAACAAAUGUGUCUGUAACUGCCUUACUGGGAGGGUUUCUUAAACCUAAAAGGGAAAAUGUGCCGUUUUCUACAAAUCACUGUAAACUCGCCCGUGCCUUUUUGCUGCUCUUGACUGUGUAACAUAUUGAUCAUCGGAGCAAACGACGCAGGAGCCGACCACGCUUAUUAUAUUGAAUAUUUUUAAUCAUCACAACAGACCACUACUGUUUAACAGCGUCUUUAAACCACCAGACGUCUUAAUGCCGUUGUUUCCAUUCGAACCAGACAUUCCUUGUUGUGACCAACUCUUUAGGCUGAUAUGUGUGCAUCAAACACAGACUGUACAGCGUCGCCAUGUCGUUAGAACAUAUCGCAGCAUCUGAGCCGCAAUUAUGCACUUCGUUUCGCGGCGAAAGCCACAGAAAUACUACGCUGCCUUGCAAUGUACUGCACAGACCGAUGCCGUGAACGACCCGUGUGCAUUCACUCAACACUUGAAUACGAUGUUGUGAAAUCUUCUGUACAGUGGCGACUUGCAGCUGUGUCGAGUAUUUAUCAGUCGAAAUAAACCUCUCAUACUGUA